AUGGUACAAACAAAGACAAGUUAUAGUGAAGAUAUCUUCGGUGAAAAGUGGGAUCUUUGUUUAUCGAACGCAAUAGUCAAUGCCGGAAUAGGCUUGGGUUCAGGAAUUAUUGCGUCUGUAUGUUUAUUUAAACGAAAAAUGUGGCCGGCUAUGUUAGGCUUUGGAUUUGGACUUGGAAAAGCAUAUUCAGAUUGUGAUAGACAAUUUAAUCCAUAUAGUAUUCCUGGUUUUCAAAUUCAAAAAUCGAAUAAAUAA